GACGCUGACGCUGGUCAAAUCCAGGAGGAAGCAGAGAUAUAAAGUACUGUAUCUCUGGAGGAAGUAUUUGACGGGUGCAUGAAUUAAUCUACCGAGGCGAAAUUACCACAGAUAGAAGAAGGAGCUAGCUACUAACACGGUUAGUUAUAAAUAUCUUUGCCAUUACUCUCCAGCCUUCAAGGUGGACGUCUCACCAGUGACAAGUUAAACUGCGAUGCAGUCGGGCCAAAAUGUGAUGGAGUGUCACAGCGAAGGGGCGCUUGGCAAAUCUGACAAGACGGCGACUUUGAGAUACAUUCCCACUCUGAAGACGGAGGACACUGGUCCAACCGUGGAUAAUAAAAAGGUUGGGGACACCGUGGUCAUCAAUGAGAGCAACCUCGCGGCGCCGAGUCCCCGUGGAGCAAAUGGUGAUGACGACUCAGAAGCGGAGUCGUACCGGGAUGGGCGGACAGAGGAGGUGGACAGGGAUACGAAAGGCAGAGCGUUCGCCUGGUGCCGAGACUUCCUCUCCGGGUCAUGGAAAAGCAUUCCCGAGGCAGAUUUUCAGAUCAGCAUUGUCAGUGGUGGACUCAGCAACCUGCUGUUCAUGUGCAGUCUGCCAGACCAUGCCCACACUAUUGGAGAUGAACCUCGCAGGGUCCUGUUGCGAGUGUAUGGGGCCAUCCUACAGGGAGUGGAUUCUCUGGUCCUGGAGAGUGUGAUGUUUGCCAUCCUGGCGGAGAGAGCACUGGGGCCACGGCUCUAUGGAAUCUUCCCUGAGGGACGCCUGGAACAGUACCUGCCGAGCAACCGUUUGCGUACAGAGCAGCUCUUUGUUCCGGAACUGUCUGCUGAGAUAGCCUCAAAGAUGGCCCGCUUCCACAGGAUGGACAUGCCCUUUAACAAGGAACCCAAGUGGCUGUUCGGGACCAUAGGCAGGUACAUGGAUCAGGUGAUGAACUUGAAGUUUGCCCGCGAGGCUCACGUCAAGAAAUACAACAAGCUGAUUAAGUACGACCUCCCGGCAGAGCUGGAGAGUCUCCGCGUGUUGUUGGCAGCGACCCCAUCUCCAGUGGUGUUCUGUCAUAAUGAUGUGCAAGAAGGUAACAUUUUGAUGCUGGAGGACAGAGACCGCACCUCCUCUGGGAAACUCAUGCUCAUAGACUUUGAGUACAGCAGCUACAACUACAGGGGUUUUGACUUUGGGAACCACUUCUGUGAGUGGUGCUAUGACUACACAUACAACCAGUGGCCCUUCUACAAGUGUACACCUGACAACUACCCCAGCAGAGAACAACAGCUGCAUUUCAUCCGUAACUACCUGGUGGAGACGGGAGGCUAUUCAGAGAGCACCAUGCACGAGGACCAAGCUCGAAUAGAGCAGCAGAUGCUGGUCGAAGCCAAUCGGUUUGCCCUGGCAUCUCACUUCCUCUGGGGCCUGUGGUCUAUCAUUCAAGCCACGAUAUCCAAGAUCGAGUUUGGAUACAUGGACUAUGCCCAGUCUCGAUUUGAUGCCUACUUCAAGCAGAAAAAGCUAUUUUCCUAAAUCGUUAAAAGAACAGAUUGACUUCAAUGGAAUGUACUGUCAUUUUUAUUAUUCUUCCUGUACUCAACUGUCCUGAUGGUAACAUAGCAGAAACAUAAUUAGCUAGGCAGAUUUGUUAAGUGUUGAAACCAAACCAAAUAAGGGGUAAAAACGCCCACUGAAGAGUCUUAGGUGGCUUUUUACAAAAUGAUCCAUUGUUUGAACUUGAUAUUUAUAAUAUACCACGACCCUGUCCAUCUAGUAGCAUCCAAUACGUUGCUCUGCCUGAGACAAUUAACAGUGAAGCAGGGACUUCGCUGCAAUCCAACAAAAUGCACUUAUCCACCCCUACUAUGAAAUGUGAAAUUCUGUGAAAAUGCACAGCAAAAAAGCAUGUUUACAUUAGUUACCAUCUACUGGUUCCAUACAUUUAUGUUUCAAAACCUGUAGUCAGAUUCUUCUGUAGUCAUGUGCUUUCUUUUACAGUCAUUCAACUCGGCUUCUUUUUUUACCCCACAUCGUAAUUUAAUUGAUUGUUGUACUUCAAUACACCCUUGACAAUAGGGUCGAAAUAUGCUCAUUUUGUGCCGUCUGUUCUCUUUCCUUGACUUGUUUGUUAAAUGUCUGUUCUGUGCAUGGACACAAUGCAGCAUGGCAGAGAAUCAAGCUGCAUAUCAGAACUCUGAUCAUACUGUAGUUCUGUUGCUUUGUAGUACAGUAGGGAACACAGACUGAUGGCCCUAUUCAUAAAAAUAUUAACCCUGUGGAAAAAAGCACAUGCUCCAUUGCAUAGUAAGUGAAAUAUGUUCUUAAACAGGAUGUUGUUUUUUACCUUUCUCUAUAACGGGUUCUGAUUGAAUUGGGCUUAAACUCCAUGUAUGACCUGUCUGUUUUAGCAUUCUCUCUAUUCAAACUAUAUAUAGAGGGGUUGCAGUUGUCAGAAAUCACCUAGCAACCACACCAGGCGCCAUGUUGGAAGACCAGUCACUGUGGUGGAAGAAUGGCGCAGCCUGCUGGCGGUUUGUGAACAUGUACACUGCAUUGCACAGCAAAUUGUUUCUUAGCAAGGCAAUUUGUUUUCUCAGCUACAGUUUGUUGUGUCUUGGCUGCCAAAUACAGCACAGAAAUUGACCAUGGUGAUGAACCAAGUAGUUUUAGGCACUUUUAUCAUGCAGCUUGGGGUUGCCACUCAGCUGUUGUCAGAAUAAUUGAUGCGGUGGUCUUCCAACAUGGCUGGCAGGAGGCGUCGUAUGUUUUAAGUCUCUAGUGUCAUUCUACCUCUUCACAACAAUGGGGGUCAUUUUACACAUUUUAUGUUUGUAUGACAAACAAGCAAAUGUAGGCAUGAAACUAAAUGAUUAAAAAAGGAACAUGUUUUGAUUAUAGACAAUGAAAGCUUAUUGCACUACACUUCUCAGAGGAGAGCAGCUCAUGAAAAUAAUCAUCUCUGUUUAUAUAUAGCUUUUGUCUGGCUUUUAUGAUGUCAUUGCAUUCUGACUAGGUUUACCUUUCAUUCUAAAGCUGUUCCAUUACUAGUAAACUGGUAUAGAACUGUCUGUCACGGUUUGACUAUGCCCAAGGUUUGGAUGUUUGUUCUUUUCCAUUUCAGACCAAGAACCACAAUGGUUAAAGAAAGCUGUCCAUAACUUUGAACAACAGAUUUUGUAUCUGAUGUAAAUGUGCAUUUGGCUCCUGUGUGUGUCUGCCUAACAUAUUAUUAAAACCAAAUGUAAUAUCUGCAUGCUUUUGGUAUUCAGAUCCAAAGAUUAUGAAAAUGGGAUCAUGUUGAAAGAAAUGUAUUUUUUUCCUUGGAAUGGCAAUCAUUUGAACACGUGAAAAUGUUUUUUAGUAUAAUUUGUUAUAAUUUAUUUAGUAUAUUUGUUUGCGGAGUGAAGUGCUCUUUUGUUUUGAUGUGAGUUAUAAUAAAGUAUGACCUGUUACUUUACCUUUGGUAUAAUAUCAGAAUUAGAAUGUAUGCUGUGGAUGUAGGCCAAUGUUCGAUUUGCUAGCAUAUGAAACUGCCUAGUUUAGAAGCCAGUGCCUCAUCAACUAGCUAAAUUAAGUAACUUUCUUUCAUUACACCUCAAUCCUGUCCAAAAGCUGAUGUGUAAGUAUUAUAACUGAACUGCUAAUAAAUAUGCUGAUUGAA